UUCACCAAUGAACAGUCAAAUUUACAAGCGGCAUACGCGUUACUCCAUGGCCGAGACGGACAGUGACAGCUUGCGAACGAUACGUUGUUGACAAAACAGUGAAGAUCUGCUCAAUGCAACGUUGACACCCAAAUAAGAACAUAUUUUCGUCGACCUCACCAAAAUCAGGUUGUUUGCUCGAAUGAGAGUGAAUCUAUCGUCAGAUAACCUACUGGAGGGGACAGAUCUGCUUAUCUGCACCGGCAGCAACCUGAUUCAGGGACCGGCCGGAAUAUGAAACAUGGCAUUCGCAUCUCUCGGGAAAGCCCGAGCGCACUUCUCAUCACUGGAAUUCGUCUUGCUUUUUCGGGGAAUAUUUAAUCGGCUAAUUUUAUGUGGUUAACAGUAUUAUUGCACGAGUUUUUGCUAGUGAUUGGGCCGUGAUUAUUUUGUAGUGCAUAUCCCAUUUAAUAUGGAUAUUUGGACUUGGUUGCGUUAAAGGGACCCGCUUUCAGCCUGUCCAUCAUAAUGGAUCAAGAUGAGAACCAAGAACCAUGUGAACCCCCUUUGCAUGCCCUUUACGGGCCUAACCGGAUUCGGCCUUCCUCGUACCGGGCUCUGCGCAGUGCCGUGUCCAGCCUGGCACGGAUUGACGAUUUUUUCUGUGAAAAAAUCGGAUCCGGGUUCUUCUCAGAAGUGUUCAAGGUGCAGCACAGGAUCACAGGGCAGGUGAUGGCUCUGAAGAUGAACACACUGGCCAGUAACAAAGCCAAUAUGCUGAGAGAGGUGCAACUCAUGAACCGACUCUGCCACCCCAACAUCCUCAGGUUUUUGGGGGUAUGUGUUCAUGAAGGACAGCUUCAUGCUCUUACAGAGUACAUAAAUGGUGGCAACCUGGAGCAGCUGCUGGAUAGUGACAUAUAUCUGUCAUGGACUGUGAGGAUCGGUCUGUCCCUGGACAUUGCUAGAGGAUUGCAGUAUCUUCACAGCAAGGGCAUUUUCCACCGAGAUCUUACAUCAAAGAAUUGUCUGGUGCGUUGUGACAAUGGUGCUUUUACAGCUGUGGUUGGGGACUUUGGGCUGGCAGAAAAAAUCCCUGAUUACAGUGAUGGGGUUGAAAAGCAACCUUUAGCCGUUGUGGGUUCCCCCUACUGGAUGGCUCCAGAAAUGUUAAGAGGAGAGCUGUACAAUGAGAAGGUGGAUGUCUUUGCAUAUGGAAUAAUCCUUUGUGAGAUUAUUGCUCGAAUUGAGGCUGACCCAGAUAUCCUCCCACGAACAGAGGAUUUUGGACUAGAUGUGGACACAUUUGAGCAUAUGGUGGGAGACUGUCCACCUUCGUUUUUUCAGAUGGCUGUCAACUGCUGCAAUAUGAAUGCAGACAGUCGUCCUGCCUUUUCUGAAAUUGUAGUGACGCUCGAGAGGAUAGAAAGAGAGCGAGUGAAGAGUGAAAUUCCAGUCAUCCUGGAACCCAUUGCCAUUGAUGUCAGCCCGUAUCGAAGAAGAAGCUCGCCAUGCCAUCCCUGUGACCAGCGGCUGUCCCGCAGCCAGUCAGACAUGCUGCCUCCUGCCACUUCCCCAUGUCUAGGCACACCUGCAAGGGUCAACCCCUUCUCUCUUCGGCAAGACCUCAACGGCGGUCGAAUCAAGCUGUUUGACACCCCCAGCAAAUCUGUCAUCUCCCUUACCUUUACCCUUCCACCACCUCCAGACCCCUCAGCGUCUCCACCGCUGAACGGGAGCCCGGGGCUCCGAGGACCACCUCGAAGGUGUCGGUCCCUGCCCUGCACCCCUGAACUUGGACGACAGCUACCCUUUAGAGACCAAGAGGUAGAAGAAGAGCGGAGUGAAGAACUGGGCCAAGAAACGAAAGACAAAGAGUUGGAAGAACAACAAGAUGCGGUGGAGGACUCAGGCCUGGUUCUGGACUUAGAUAUGGUGUCUUUAGAACGGGUUGAAGAGGAAGAGGAGGAUGAAGAGGUGGAGAAGGAGGGACAGAGCCUCACCGAGCCCAUGGACUGCAGUAGCUCACCUGACACGACUGAAGGAAAUGUUUCAGGGAAGCGCCUGAUCAGCGGAUCUUCUUAUUCCUCGUCCUUGCAGUCAAAUGGUUGGGCUACACCCAUCUCUAAUGGACCCCCGUUAUUACCUCCUCUUCCUCGCUUGGACAAUAAUAAUGGAGUUCUGAGGCCCGGACGUCCAUUUGCAUGGGUAAGACUGAAUGGAUACCGGGGCCCUGCGCCAGAACCUUUACCGCCUACCGAACAAGACGAUGUGAUUUCAUGUCCGGCCUGCUGUCUGGCUGGCUUCAGCUUCCCUUCCUUGUGCCUGCGUGGAGCUCCUCCGUCACGCCGUGGGCCUCCACGAAGACCCUACAGGACCUUUAAUGGAGGGAAUGCAUCCACAGCCACAGCGAAGGGACUGCUCUGUCGGGGAGCGACGGGUCUGGCUCCGUCCACUGCAUCCUGUGAGCCAGGGUUACCUCUACCAGAGGCCCAAACUUAAAGACGACCACUGCGACAUCUCAGAAACUGCACCAUAUUCAGAACGCAGAGCAGUCCGGUCGCAUCUCUGAUGUCAGUAUGGAUAUCUUUCUGGAUGCUGUGUGGGUCGAAUCAUUGAAUUAAAGGGAUUGUUCACCCCAAAAAUGUCAUUGUAAACCUGCGUAGGCCAGUUUAUAUUGCACUGACAGACACUGACCAAACAGAGAGUCUGGUCUUGUUGGAUUAGUGUGUUAUUCCCGUUGGCGUGUGUUGCCAUUGGUUGCUUAUUUGUGCCAGUUGAACUUGUUCAUUAGGCAUUUAUUGGGUUCUAGAGUAUCUGAGAUGUGGCGUACUGUAAUAUGGCGAUUGUCCACAUUGGUUAGCAUCUGUUGGUGCAGGUUGAAUUGGCGUUUAGAAGUCCACCAUGUAUUGAAUUAAAAUCAACAUUGUGGUACAGUUUAGUGAGAUGGCUGAAUUGCGAUUCGUUAAACAAUGGAGCACUUUAAACACAGAUAUUGUUUUUUUAUUUAUACAGGUUUAAAAACAAUGUUUAACACUCAAAAUAAAAAAGUUGAGCUUUUAAAGAUAUGACAAAUAUUUAAAAAAUAUGACACAAAUCUGCGGGAAACUCCUGUAUAUUUCUAGCUCAAACAAAAGGUGUACUCAUACCUGAAAAUGACACAUCCUACUGUUUAUAAGAAACUAAACAUUCUUUCAUAAUAUAAAAUAUCACAAUAGAGGUUUUGUCCAAUAUUUUGCAGCCCAGCAUUUUUUGUUUUGGGGUGAACUAUCCCGUCAAACAUGUGUAUAAGACAGGAAUGCAGGGUGAAUGUGAAGAAUGAAAGGCAUGCUGGUUCCAUAGUGCCAGUUCUUGAUCACCGUUCUUUUGUACUGUAAUUCAGAAUAACUUAAAUCAUUACUCUACAAAAAAAGCUGCUUUUUAUUGUGUGCUUAUUUUUUCAGGACUGAUUCAAAGCCACUGUGUUUGACAAAAAAACUGUUUGUUAUAAGAGAGACCUGUGUGAAAAUACUGGCAUGUCGAAGCUUUUUCGUGGGCUAUCUCAUGUUUUAUUUAUUAGGCAAGCAUUCCUCUGAAUGACUGAAAGUGCUCUUCACUUGUCUGUGAGAGUGGAUAGGCUAUGUGCCACUGGGUACUGAUGUCAGACAUUUGUUAUUACAUUUUUUGUGAUACGUCCAUGUUUAGAUGCAAUGUAUGCAGUAACUUAUUGUAAUUCUGUAAAAUGUACUGUUUAAUAGGCAUUUUUUAAUGAAACCUUCCACAUUUUGCGUUUUACACAAAUGAUGUGUAGGAGAUUUGUAAAGUAUAUGAGUUUAUAUCUCCCCCUAGUGGUCUGGAAGAUGUACUCUCGUUAGAUCAAUGCUGCUGUUAUUUUAAAGAAAGAAGACAAAACAGAUUCCUCUCACGUGAGUGAUGCUAGAGGACGUUUACCUUCACGUUUAAGCUUUUUGUGAUAUUUAAAAUAUGGAAUUGUAUUUAAAAAGACAAAACAAAAGAGGAUCUUGCACAAAGUGUUUCCUAGUGCCACUGACAUUUACUCAAGACGAAUAUCACUCUAUAUCAACAAACCUGCUUAGUCUACAUGUUCACAGGAAUCCAGAUCCGCUUUAGUCUGAAACAUUACCUUCAUAUUCAGUCUAAAAUGAACUUUUGCAUUCGUUUACGGAGAAUCUCAGACAGUCUGAUCAUUUCCUCAUGCUUGUGUAUGUACAUCUGCUAAUGAGACGAGCAUAGGAAGACUCUGCAUGUGAUUCUGUACUGUACAAAAGAGUGAUCUGUACAUAGCAGUGCAUGACAAUAAGCAAGAAACUGUUUAAAGCGCGUUAAAACGUCCCUUCAGGCUGGCAUCAGAGGUGAAGUUGCCAUUUUAGAUCUGAAUUAAACCAAUUCUUAAAUUGGUUUACAAAGUAAGCUAUUUUUUGAAUAGUUUUAAAUGAAUGGACUCUACUGUAUGUUCCUAAAGGUAAACAUUUUGUGUUGCUAAUCAACAAAGCAUACAAUUGGCCGGUA